AUGAAUACACCUCUGGAGAAUGUCCAGUCCUUUCUGAAGUUGGGUUGGUAUCCUACGGUCGUGUUGCUACGGCCAGGGGGCGUAGUCUCUCCGAGAGGAGCUGCUGCUGCUCCACUUUGGCUCUCCCCGCGACAUCAACUGACUCUACCCGGGACAGACCGAAGAAGAUGGCGGCCACGGACCGUUCCCGGUCUGAAGCUGCAAAGCAGCGACGGCAGGAUCAGUUACAGCGAUGGCUGGGCUCGGAAACCGAUCAGACGGGCCCGGGGACGCGGGACGGGUCGACGGGAACCGGGACGCGGCGGGCUCGGGUUCGGUUCGCUCAGGGAGCCGUGUUUAUGGCAGCCUGUUCGGCCGGGGACAGAGAGGAGGUAGCGGCGCUCCUACGACAGGGCGCUGACAUCAACCACGCCAAUAUAGACGGACUGACAGCGCUUCACCAGGCGUGCAUAGAUGAGAAUGCAGAGAUGGUCCAGUUCCUGGUGGAGAGUGGGAGUGAUGUGAACCGGGGGGACAACGAGGGGUGGACUCCCCUCCACGCUGCUGCCUCCUGUGGGUUCAUACAGAUCACCAAGUAUCUGAUAGAGCACGGUGCACGUGUGGGGGCGGUGAACAGUGAAGGAGAGCUUCCUCUGGAUGUGGCCACUGAGGAUGCUAUGGAGAGACUGCUGAAGGGGGAGAUCAAGAAACAAGGGGUUGACGUAGACAUGGCACGGCGGGAAGAGGAGCGGGUGAUGCUGGCGGAUGCCAAUGCGGUGCUGGCAGGAAGUGGCGUGCUGACACCUCAUCCUAACACCAAGGCCACAGCGCUGCACGUGGCCGCUGCCAAGGGCUACAUAGAGGUCAUGAAGGUCCUGCUCCAGUGUGGUCUGGAUUUGGACAGUGGUGAUGUGGAUGGCUGGACAGCCCUGCACGCUGCUGCUCACUGGGGACAGCAGGAGGUGUGUUCUCUGCUGUCUGACAACAUGUGUGAGAUGGCUGCUCUCAACAACGUGGGACAAACCCCUCUAGAAGUAGCAGAUGACACUCUAGUGGACACUCUGGAGGAGCUGACAAAGAAACAAAAUUCUCUGCGUACAGAAAAAGCCAAGCUGUCCCAGCCUCCUGUCAUCGAGACCAGCCCUCCUAUCAAUAUGGCAUCGGUUCGACCACGCAAGACCUCAAUCUCUCGUAUGAGCAGCCGGGAGAAGAUCUGCCUCCAUGAGAGGGAGAAGCACCCUCCCCCUGCCCUGACCAGCAGCCCUGCUGAGGAUGAGGAUGAGGAAGGGGCACAGACUCAGCAUGGGACACAGGGACAGGCCCAAGCCUCCAGCAGCUCCAGUUCAGAAGAAGAGGAGGACGAGUCUGAGAGCGAUGCAGAAUCAGAGAAAGCCAAAAACCGAGAGAUCAUCAACAACUUGAACAACAAACGCAACAGCUCCUCCCCCCAUGCUACCUCCAUGGCAACCAGCACUUCAGGAAACACCGUUAAAAAGACAGGCAGCUACAUCACCCUGUCCCUUCAGGUGGACCACCGACCCACUCAGGACCACCUUAGACUGGACCAUCUACAGGCACCUGAGUCGGGCCUGGGUAUGAUCCGCUCUGCCUCCAGCCCACGCCUCAGCUCUGACACCAGUACAGACACCAAGGAACCCAGGACUGCCAGAGUGAACCCCAGUCCAACCAGACGUCUCUUCAGUAUACCAGACAGCAACCCAGACGGCACUAGCAGCUGGCUGAGUCGUAGCGCCUCUUACACCCGCCGCCUCAAUAGCACAGGAUGUGAUCUCAGUAGCUCCACCCCCUCCUUGCCUCUCAGUAUUAUCGCUGGAUGUCUCCUGAAUAUUAUGUUCAUUCAGCCUUUCUUUAACCAGGUUCAGACACGAAACUUCACUUGGUUGGUGAAAACAUUUGUUAGAUAA